UUCAUCACGCAUCAUUUUGAGUAGAACAACCUUUUAUCUACACUUGAAUCGUUACGAAAUACUAGGUAGCUUCGACAGUAGACUACUCGAGAUUCAUCAUAUAAUUAAAAGUAUCAACCUUUGCUCUCGGUUUCAUAGUUUCAUAUCUUCAUCCUUUAACCUUCCUUCACAUAAACCUUCCUUCAUAUAAACCCUCCUUCAUAUAAACCUUCCUCCAUAUAAACCUUCCUUGUACCCUCCGUAUCUCUUAUUAUUACCUCAUCAAGGACGACCCCCUUACCCCAUUCCAAGAAACGGGGCUAUCACGCAGCCACAGCAUUCAUCUGAAGAUUUCCGAUAAUCAAAAGUCGUAUCCGAUCCACUCACUACCUUGACCUUACCUUAAUCCUCAUAAUCUCAAUCUCAAUCUCAAUCUCAAUUCCAAUCCCAUCAUCCUACUUUUACUCUCUUCAAACAAACAAAACUUCUUGUCCGUUUCUUUUCCCGCGUCUUCAUUCUCUGUCAAUAAUUUGAAGCCUUUCUAUUACAUUUCAUGGUCAAAAAUAUGAUGCUCUCGUGGAUCGCGAGAAAUUAAUGUUUGGUGUCGCAUCAUGGCAAGGCCAUAUAUUACUACCUCGGACAAGAACGGAUCUUUAUUGUAAGCUUCUUUUGCUAUUCUCACCAAAAAAAAAACAUACGACCUUACUAAACGAUACAUCAACAGGAAUCCGAUGUCUGCAGGUUCAAGUACUCCCAUAUCUUAUCGAGCGAACGUGAAUCGACAAAAGACAAAGAAAUGGGCGGAGGCAAAGAAGAUAGAUUAUGGAGGUGAUGAUUGGGGAGACGAUGAUGAAUAUGAUCCUUAUAAUGCGUAUGGAAAUGAGCCAGAUCCGGCACCUGCACCAGUCUCAAAACCUAUUGGUCUACGUCAACAAGGCCAGGGACUUGCUAGUAUGAGGGAAAUGUCUCAGGAACGGGGUCAGAAGAGCUAUGGCAGUCUCCCGACAGCUUCCGCAGGUAGCGCAUUGCGUAGACGGAAUUCCUUCGAAGCUGAUGAUGAGACGAGGCACUUUUCGAAUUCAACUAUUCGACAAGAACCAGCAAAACCCUCCUCCCCACCUCCUUCCGCCGGCUCCGCGAAUGUGCCGGCAACACGAUUUUCUCAAAUGGGAGUUGGAGGUAUAAGGCAUACUCGCGACCCAAGUGGUCCUCCGUCCCUGCAUAUAUCUACUGAACAACCUUCUCCUACAUCAUCACGAAAACCCUUGAUGUCUGUCAAUCCCGCGCCACCGGAAGCUUUAUAUAAUAAUGAUCCCAUGUCCCCACCUGCUCGCACAUAUACGAAUGAAUCGUCCAUCUUGUCAGCUGGCUCAGUCAAUAGCCUCAGCGACUACGAAACUUCCAAGGAUUUUUCCCCAUCUGCAGUACCGGCCCCAUUACACAUGCGGGCUCCGUCUGCUUCCCAAGGUGCAACGAAUGGAGCUCCAAGUACCAAAUAUCCGGCGCGAAAGAGCAGCUUGAGUACUGUGGGAACAGAAGCCCAGCGGGUCCAUCAAAUGUCACAAGAAACAGUAGCCAAACCGUUAGCCGCAAGUCCCGCUCGUUCACCUUCCCCCGGCUCUGCAGAUCGGUCAACAACAACCCCAGGUGCGUCAAAUACCAAACCUUCACCAUUUAUCAGGCCCGCGGAUAUCUAUCGUCGAGUUGAAGAGCGAAAGCAAGAGAGGGAGCGCUCCUCCUCAGAUUUGGCAAGACCUAGUUUGGACUCCAUUGGUAUGGAAAGGUCGAGUGACGGAUCACGUACCCCAGGCCAAGCGGGCACUCGUGAAAGAUCGAGUUCUGAUAGUUUAGGACCUGGAAACCGAGGAAAAAAUAGUUUUGGCGAUGAGGAUUCUGAAUCUGGAAGACGUUUGACACCGAUCCUGGAACCCGUCAACGAGCGAAAAAGUGAAUAUGACUUCGAAGGAUUUAAUGCUAAUGAAAUUCCCUCGCCAGACCAAGACAUACUAAACCCUCUCCCCGAAAGCAAAACUACCAGCCCUACACUUCCAGACCUACAUCGAAUUUCCGGCUUUGGAUCCGACUUUUUUUCCCAAUCAAAGCUUGAUAGCGAGGCCGCCCUUCCAGCGGAACUCUCAGCGGAACAACCAGAACGAAUGUUCAAAGAAUAUGCAAAACCGCCAGAUGAUACUUCCCUUCGAAGUCAUCCAUCUUUUGGAUUCAAGUCUGUUGUCAACCAAGCAUUCGAUAGUACGAGUGACGACUUGGUUUCUCCGAUCCCAGCCUCCAAGACUGGGAGUGAAGUGAGGAGAUCUGAUAGUGAAAGUACUGGGACCACUGAGAUAAGUCCCAUCAUGAGCCAUGGUCCAAGCACUACGGUUUCGGACAACCGAAGUCGUGAAAUGUCAACUCCUGCUAUCAUGGAGUUAGUUGAACCAGCAUCACCGCAUCCUCAGGAUGUUACACACGAGCAUGAUGAUCAGAUAGUCCCUCCAGAUUUUAUUCCAGGUCAUCGGCGCGAUAUCAGUACUCCUAGUCCAGGUAAUAGUCCCGCUAGAACCCCAGAUCUCGGUACCGCAUCGAAAAGAAUAUCGAUGGGAGAACACGCCUGGAUAUCUUCUGCAUCUCCUACUGCAGAAGAUGAGAUUCAAAACACUGAGCCGGAGCCUACACGUCCAACCAUUGAUCGCGAAGAGAGUUUCCGCCCCCAGUUACCCGGUGGAUGGCAAUCAUAUACGACGACUGCAACUACGAGCACUGUCCAGCCAGAGAGCGCUCGCUCACAAAGUCCGCAGAUACCAAACGAUCCGGUUCAAGAUUUGGCAGCUGAAGACUUGACACCUACUACCGCCAAGCACUCUCUUCCAGAGUCGUCUAUAGACGCAGCACGUGUUACACUUGGUGUCAAAUCUGACGCGAUGCCAACACCAGAUGCGAAUGGAAAUGUUCAUUCUGCUAUGACCCCACAUCCGGAAUUAAUUCCUGCUCUGCAAAGAGCUUCGCCGGAAGCUCAAUUGCGGCCUGAUUUCACUGCUCAGUCUGUUCCAACAGAAUCUUCACCUACCCCAUCAAGCAAGGGUGAGCGGGACGAGAAUGCUGAAGACGCUUCGGAGGAUCUUCCAAGCCCAGGCAUAGCUUCGCAGGAGAGUACAGCGGAGGCGAUUGACACCAAUGAACUCCUUCUUCCGCCUUCUCGACCUCAGGUUCUACCGACGUUGAGCACCGAUACUGGCCCUUUUGAUGAACAAAGCGACAAACUCCGAAAAGAAAUAGUCAAAAGAUUGUCAAUUCUGCCUUCAGAAUCAGAGGUAUCCCAUGAAAAUGUGCACGAAAGACUAGAUGCCCCCAAUACGGAUCAUCCGCGGGAAAGUGCAUAUUUGACGGAUGUGUAUGAUGAUUAUUGGAAUGGUACAGGUGAUGAAGAACACUCGUCUUCCAUAGGCACUACAUCUUUAGAUAAGCCACAAACUGAGCAAACUAUUCCAAUUGACAUGCCAGAAAUCCGACCCCUUAGCUCUCAUAGGAUGUCACGGCAGCAAACUCGCACCCCUCUACCCACACGUUUCUCUUGGGAAAUGAGCAUGGAAAGUGUCCACCAAGUGAAUCCAGACAUGCCUGAGCCACCUCGAAGCCAUGUUGAGCUUCCUGUUGAGAAUUACGAUGAGCCGCAUGAAGGUCUUAGGCAAGUUGAUCCGGAACCAUACAUGGAGAAGGAAGUCUUCGAAGGACCUUCAUAUGGCGAUCGUCACUAUGAAAGGGAUGUCGCCUUAGCCACUGACGCUACAACUUUUGAAGAUCGUGCUGCGGCUGCUACUCUAAGUACCACUUACCUUGAAUCCGCACCUACUGUUAAUGUUUCUUUGGCUCAAGAAAAGCAGCAGCCACAAUUUGCGUCAUAUACAGUCACCCAAACUCCUGAGAAUGAACAACCAGCGCAUGUUUCCACAUUGGAUGUCUCCACUGACCCGCUUUGGUCCAGUCCACACUCAUCGGCUAGUAUUCCAAGUCCUUUGUCGGCACGUGAAUCUGCCACUUCUCCUCGAACAUCUAAUUUGGGAAAGGUCUUGACGUGGAAAGAAAUUUUGGGGAUUAAAGAUGUCCAUGAAAGAGUACAUGCAUUCGAUGAAACUAGGGAACGGUUUGCGGACAUGGACUCUGGUAUCCACGAUUGGAUUUUUGCCUUAAAGGCGGAACAACCAGAACAUGCUGAUGUGAAUGAAUCUUACGGAGGUUUUACAUCAAGUGUACCGACUGGCUCGACCCGAAGAAAUACAAGGAGCGCAUCAGGAUCAAUGCAAUCACCUUAUUUUCAACAGUAUUUGAAUUCUAGUGCGCCAUCACAAUCAUCAACGUCUGUAUCACGACCAGGGCAAACCGGAGCUCCUGGUAAUCAGCAAGGCUUCUCACCCGCGCAUGCCAAAAUUACAAGUCAACAAGUUCAAGCGAAAGGAAAAGAAUUCCUCCAUCAUGCUGGGAUGUUCGGUGGUAAAGCUGGAAAGGCAGGUUUCCAGGCGGGUAAGGGAUUACUGGCGAAGGGCAAGAACAGGCUUCGUGCGGCCGGCAGUAGUGAUAAGGUAGAUUAACAUCUCCUUUUGGGUUGGAUAUGGGGUCUUUAGGCGUUUUAUUUUGAAAUUUUGUCGUUUUUUGAUUAAUUAGCGUGGGUGAAUGCUUAUUGCUUUGCCAAUCCCGCAUGGCGGGAUGUGUACGACUAAGGAAAAAUCCAGCCCAUCACAAUUGUUUUCUUCUCCUUGCUAUGUGGCCCAUCGUUAUGAGUGUUCCAGCGCUAAGUUUAACCCUUUUUUUUUAGACAAGUCCCCCUCCCAAGCCGAGACACCCUAAUCGUUCAUCAUGGGGCCUAGCACUCAGUCUAUCGAGAGCAACAGGCAGAACCGAUCCUAGUCAACACACAGAGCAGAACCUACCUUCCGAACCAACCAGCAGAUCACGAGUGUCAACUUCAUCGGAUGUGCUUACACCAAUCGGCAUAAUUGACGCUCCUGCAAGCGACGAAGAGGCGCGGGCGUCACACGCGGAGGAAGUGAAUGUGGUGUCACGUGAAACUGCAGGUGAGAUUUUAGCUCCCGGUGGAACGGAAGAGCAACAACUUGUAAAUCUUCCGGCACCUAUGAGUGAGUAUAAACCCACAUGGGAUGCUGACCAUGCUACUCAUAUUACUAAGGAGGGCCAUCUUGACAAAGGUUGGCAAACUGAUCACUAUUCACCUGAUCCCGAGUCAACAAAUAAACUUUUCGCUCCCGCUGGAUCGCAAAUGGGUGCAAGGUCGAAUUGUGAUAAUGCCACAGAACAGCAAGCCGGUUGGCCACCCAAAGAUGCUGUCGCAGCUUCAUCGCUUAUCGUAGGAGGCACAAUGGAACAUAAAGCAGGCUUGAAACCAUUAGAUCGGUCUCUAAUUAGUAUGAUGAAUCGACCUCGUGGAGCAAGUCUGGAUCAGGUGAUCAAUCCUGAUCAGCCGAGUCGAACUGCCACAAGAUCAUUACAAGCGCCUCUUCCAAUACAACCCACAAGUCAAAAAAUAUCCGGCAUCGAAGAACAAGGAAGGCAACCCUCAUUCAAAACAUUGCCACCUAUCCGAAGGACAUCCAAGUUUGGGUUCGAAUUUGGAUCCAGAAGACCUCAAACCAGAUUUCCCAUAUCCGAUGAUGAGGAUGACGAUGUUUCGAACGGUUACAUACAAGAUGUAGCCCAUUUGAAUACAAUGGUAGGUAGUAGUGAUCAUACUUCACAGCAAAAUGCUCGUACAGAUGUUUCAAUUGUGAACAAGGCUCCAGUCUCGAAACCGAAUGUUCAUACCGUCACACAACCUCGGUUCUCGGUUUUUCCUCGUGUCGCCGAUCCAUUUGUUCAUAAAAAUCAUGGGCAAGAUGUGGAGCGAUCGAAUCCAGCCAUGGGACAUACUCGUCAAAAUUCAUGGAACAGUCUCUCCAAAAUUUCCCGACCUAGGCGAGGUUCCACAUCUGACCAGCAGUCUGUUCAGCGUCGUAAUAGCAAUGCACCACCACCGAUGAUACCAGCUUUACCAUUUGAGUCGCCUCCUUCUUCCACUCAGCGCUACCCCGAACUAUUUGGAGGGCCGGCUGCUGAAGUCCAAGAUGACUAUAAUAUGCCUGGCGGAUAUUAUCAAGCACCUAGAGGUCGGACUGAAGCCCUAACUCCACGUCAGCCAAGCAGCGAAAUCUCAGGGGCGAGGCCUUCUCAAAACAAUGAAGAGCCUGUUGGUCAUCGAAGACGACGUAGCUCAGAUCUCGUCAGUCGAGGUAUGAACUUUGUUCGCUCCAUCUCAAGAGAGCGAAGAAGUUCCGUGUCAAGAGAGCGAAAAGGUCCUGUAUCAAGAGAUGGGGAAAUACCUCCCAUGGAUACUUUUGCCACUCCUCCUUCACGUGAUGGUAGGCAGAGAAAGAGAGGGUCUGGUUUCUGGGGUAGUUUUGACAUUACUGGGGAACAGUCAUCAGACUCCCCUAUUGGAAGAGAGAGUAUGGUGGCGCAUUAUUCUGGCAGUCAGUCCAAUCUGAUGGCGAGUCCCCACGAGAGCCCUAGGACCCCAAAAUCUCCCAACCCAAAUCCUACAUUGGAGACACCAAAUUCCAACAUAGUUGGUCGCUCCACAACUACGAUGGGCAAAACACUGCAGAGGGAUGACAAAAGGGGUCGAUUGGCAGGGUUAAGUGGUCUCUUCUCACGUUCUCCUAAAGGCGAUGGAUCGGUACUUUUCAAGCCAAAAAGAGCCACGACAGACCUUUCAAGUUUUAGUCCCCGUGGUGGCACUCUUUCUUCUCCCCAACUCGAAGCUCAAACUACGCAGGAUGCCAAUAUACACCACAAACGAAGACCAAGUCAACCGUUGAAUUUUCUGUCUAAAUUCGCCCCUUCUCCCUCUCUUCAAAAAACUGAGAACCCAAGUCAGGAUAGUAAGCUAUAUCAGGAACCCCGCCCGAGGCGCCCUUCAGUGAGUGGACUAUUGACCGGUAUGCUUAGAAAAAGAUCGAACACGCUAGAAAAAGAUAAUGAGAAAAGUGAAGACGAUGGAAGAAGGCCCGUGAUUGCUCCUGUGGCUAGAAUGUACUCAGACCUCGCCAUGGAAUCUCAUGAGGCUUUACCCGAUCCCGUUGCCACGCCUACGCAACGAUUAAAGAAGAUAGACCAAGAGCGUGGACGGACUCGCAAUUCUGGUAAGUUGAAUGGUAGCAAACAGGAGCAUUCAUACUCUCGUCCUCAUCGACAUGGUACCCCACCUUCCGCGGUCCCCGAGCCUCAAUAUGAUUCAGUCCCAAUUCCAGGAGGAUAUAACCUUGUCCGUGGUGAUGGAACAGCGGCAGUACUUACCAACUAUGAUCCACGUAGUAUCAAUAACACUCGUUCUCCGUCCCUGGAAGAUACCCUUUCUAAUUUAUCCCAACAAUACUCUGAACCAUCUCCUGUCUCGCCCCUUGUCCAUUCUAAUUCCUCAACUUUGCAUCAAUCACCAUCAUUUCAUCAGACAGUUACACCUGAAAGAAGAAUCCCAAUCUUACCAUCUAUAGAUACGCAUAGUUCAUCAUUUACGCCUUCCGUUCGCACUCAUUGUCCAAGUCAUGAAGAUAUCCUAGCUCGGUCGCCCGCCCGCGAACACCCAGGUCAGCAACGACCCUUCCAGCUUGCACUACCAUAUGACAGUAAUGCAAAUAGCCGAUCUAGUAGCUCAUCUACGCCACCUAUUCCUCCUCCCAGGGAUGGUGCUGUAGCUGCGUGGGGUCAAACAUCAGUACUGUUAUCCGUGGAUGAAGUUUUACCGACAAAUGAAAAUAUCGAUAUCGAUCGCUUUCCAUUGCCGCCCUCCCCACCUCAAAAUAACCCAGAGUGGCACAGAAAUAGAAAUCUUUCGGCAUCUUUUGAUAGUGGUUUGCAACGAACUAGCACGGGAAGGAGUCUAGUUAGUGCUGUGUCGCAAAUUUCUGACUCUCCAUCCCCACAGCCCCAAGCAGAGCAUGCAAUGGAGCAUUUUUUACAUGUGGAUGGCGACAACCAUGUAAAGCGACAAAGUGGAGGUUCGUAUAAUGCGGGUACAAAAUUGGCGAGGGAAGAUGCGAAUAUGGCUGAGGAGUAUACAGAGAGGAAGGAUGACAAGCAGACUUGGACAAGAGGUGGUAGUGGGAUUGGAGACACAGUUGAACGUGAGAUUGGCGAGAAAGCUGGCAAUGAAGGUGCCAUGAACAAAAAUGCACACACAGAAGACGAUAGAUUACAAAUGUCUGCAACGAGUUAUCCCGGUAUGGAGUGGAACCCAUAUACAGGCGGAUAUACGGUGGAUGAAUGAACAUGUUUUGUUCAUUGUUUGAGGAGGUAAGGAACGAUUAAGAGAAAGUGGAAUCACACCAUGGAAAGAAAGGUGGCGGGAGUAUGUAGGGUGCCAGAGAGCCAUUUGAUUCAGUGGCGGGAGUUUGAGAUUUGCUCGAUGGG